AUGCCGGAGACGCAGAUAUUCAAGGUUCGCGCGCCCCUUCCCACCCCCUUGCUCGUUAAGCUGACCCUCCGGCCCAUCGCGCAGGCGACGUACAGCGGCGUGCCCGUAUACGAGAUGAUGUGCAAGGGCGUCGCCGUGAUGCGCCGCCGCUCCGACUCGUGGCUGAACGCGACGCAGAUCCUCAAGGUCGCAGGGUUCGACAAGCCGCAGCGCACGCGUGUGCUUGAGCGUGAGGUGCAGAAGGGCGAGCACGAGAAGGUGCAGGGAGGGUACGGGAAGUACCAAGGGACGUGGAUCCCGAUAGAGCGCGGGCUGAGCCUGGCGCGUCAGUACAACUGCGAGCAUCUCCUACGACCCAUCAUCGAAUUCCAGCCUGCUGCGAAGAGCCCACCGCCUGCUCCGAAGCACAUCCUGGCCAACAACAACAACCGCGUGGCUCGCCGCGAAUCAUCGACUGCGUCCGUCGUGACUGCGCGCACGACACGCGCUGUGGAAGAGACUGUCGAAUCCGAAGUCGAAACCAUGUCAGCCUCAGCCUCAGACGACGAAGGCUCGAUGACUCCCUCCCCCUCCGAGGCGUCGUCUAGCUCGCGAACGCCUUCCCCCAUACAAAGCCCUCCUGUCUCAUAUCACUCAGACUAUAGCCAGAGCGCUGGCGAUGGCAGACGAGUCGUCCGUCGCGCUCGAGACCGAUACGACACCGACGAGGCUAUGCCGAACGACGGACCGCAAUCGCGUUCAUAUUGCGACCAGAUCCUCGAAUACUUCAUCUCAGACACCAAUCAGAUACCCCAAGUCCUCAUCAACCCACCCCCCGACUUCGAUCCAAACAUGGUCAUAGAUGAUGACGGACAUACCGCACUGCACUGGGCCUGCGCGAUGGGUCGGAUCCGUAUUGCAAAGCUACUUCUCUCCGCUGGCGCGGACUUGUUCAAAGUCAAUAAGGCAGGGCAGACCGCGCUUAUGCGCAGCGUCAUGUUCGCCAACAAUUACGAUGUGCGCAAGUUCCCGGAGCUCUACGAGAUGCUGCAUCGGUCUACACUCAACAUCGAUAACUACAACCGCACUGUCUUCCACCAUAUCGUAGACGUCGCCAUGUCGAAGGGCAAAUCGCACGCUGCGCGUUACUACAUGGAGACAGUGCUGAACCGGCUCGCUGACUACCCGAAGGAGCUCGCGGAUGUACUCAACUUCCAAGACGAGGAUGGGGAGACUGCGUUGACGAUGGCAGCUCGGUGUCGAAGCAAGCGGCUCGUCAAGCUCCUCAUUGACCACGGUGCGGACCCGAAGAUUAUGAAUCACGAGGGAAAGAGCACGGAGGAUUUCAUCCUUGAGGAUGAGCGCUUCCGCCUGUCACCAGAGCCGGGCGCGCGACAGGCCGCUUCCCGCGGGGCACCGAAUCACUACAGUGCGCCUACUCCGGGUCCGUCGCGCAACCCCCUCGCUGCCUGGGCUCUCGACACCAAACCUCCGCUGCACUACUCCGCGGCCGCCCAGCGCGCUAGUACUCGCUGUGUGAACGACAUGGCCAGUAUGCUGGACAGUCUCGCGACCUCCUUCGACCAGGAAUUGCGGGACAAGGAGCGCGAUAUGACGCAGGCUCAGGAGCUUUUGAGGAGAAUCCAGUCCGAGAUCCUUGCCGGCCAGCGCACCGUUGGGCAGCUUCGCACGCAGGCCGACCAGCUUCCUCAGUUGGAGCAGGAGCUGAAACAGCUGCAGUCGAUGCUCAACGAGAAGAUGGGCAAGCGCUUCCGCCUCGGCUUCGAGAAGUGGGUCCACGACGAGGAGAUGCGCGAGCAGCGGAUCCGGGACGCUGCGGGCGGACUGCUGAUGUUGACGCCUGCGACUGAGACCUUCGGCGUUGACGGCGACCCCUCGCAGUCGCUCAGCAUGCCCCCGCCCCCGGAUCCAAGUGGUAAGGGCAAGCGGAAGGCGGCGGCGCUGAAGGAGGAUAUCAGUGACCUCGAGCAGCUGUACGCUGAUAUUCCGGAGGACCCAGAGGCGUUGGCGAGGGCGUGCGACGCAUUGAGGGAGGAGGUGGCGGGCUUCAGGAAGCGGCGGAGGACAAUGUUCGACGAGUUGGUGAAGGUGCAGACGGAGGCGGGCAAUGAGGGACGAGUGAACGAGUAUAGGAGGCUCAUCGCUGCUGGUGCUGGGUUAGCACAGUCGGAGGUGGACAACGCGAUUCCGGCGUUAUUGGAGAAAGCGGGCUCUGAGCUCGGGUUGCCCGGCCCGCCAAAUUAUGUGCAAAUUUGUUUGAGCCAAACAACGCGCCUUAUUCCGCUCCGGCGACUUGCAUUUUCGUCUCGACGCGCCAUGCCGCGGGUCCGGGCCUUCACGACGAAGGAUGUGCUCUACAACGCGGUAGAGGCGACCGCGCCAUGGACGACGAACUUCCGGCACAUGCUCCCGACGCCGCGGUCGUGGCUGAAGCGCCCACCGCAGACGGGCGACGGGAGCAAGUUCAAGAUGGCGCCCCUCCGGGACCGCAUCAAGUGGUGGAACAUCGUCCCUGGGGACCAGGUCAAGGUCGUGGGCGACCGGUACGGCGCGCUGAGGGAGGUGGCGAAGAUUAACAAGCUGUCGAAUCGGGUGUGGUUGAAGGAGCUGCCGAACAACCCUCGGUCUGGCAAGAUCAGCUACCACUACUCGAGAUGUCGCCUCUUCAUGGGUGAAUUCGAGUUCCCGCCGAAGGAGGAGGGCGGCGAGCCGCGACCCCUGCAAGUCUUCGCUCAGCGUGUAGGGACAACGCAGCCGAAGUGGGACCCAUUCCACCACCGCUGGUCAUGGCAACGCUUCGCUGUGAAGCUUAUGCCAACCGUACCACACUUGCGCGGCCAGCGGAUAGAGGUCCCUUGGCCAAAAACCAUCCCGCAAAAGCCCAACCCUCCCGGUGCCCAUGACACGCCUGCGGACGUCGUGUCCAAGGUCACAUACGAGUUCCCCGCGUUCAGCUCGCGACUUGAGGACCCCCUUCCGACGCCGCCCUCCGAAAUGGAGUACCUCCUCCAUGUCUUCAACCCGCACCUCGGCACUGCGCCCUUCGGCGACUCGCCCCCCGUCGAGCGCUACCUCGCCAAGGAGCUCUGCAACCCGCACGGCCGUGCACAGAAGCUGAAGCGCUUCCGCUCCUUCCAGCUCUACAAGCAGCGCCUGCUCGAGGAGUACAUCCGCGCGGAGCUCACCGACCGCCAGGGCCGCUCGAAGGGCAAGUGCGUCGAGGACGCGCGCUUCAAGUUCAAGGAGAACCUGGCGAAGGACAUGCUGGCGGCGAAGCGCGUGCGGACGAAGAACAGCGAGCGCGUGCGCAAGAUGAUGCGCAAGAAGCUGAGCAAGGCGAAGAAGGAGAUCAAGCAGCGCAAGAAGCUCACGGCGCUGGCGCUCGAGGCGGGCCCGAACCAGGUCAUCCCGGAGGCUGCUGCGACGGCGUAG